AACACCUAAAUUCAAAAUAUAAAAAAUAAAAUAAAGAGAGCGGGAGAAACUUUAACUUGCUUUGACUACCCCACUAGACGCAUAGACUAGUUUUCUUCAAGUUCAGUUCAUCGUGAACCUUUCUUUGAAAUACAUCACUAUCAAUAAAUUACCAAGUGUCUAAUUAUCAUGUGGCGAAUUUUAAUUGCUAUAUUCUAUACGGUUUUUAUAAUAGCUGAAGCACACUAUGAUUAUGAAAUAACUGAUAUACAAUGUAGCUCAACAACAUCAAGCUCGGAUUAUUUAACAGCCAAAGUAAGACGACCAAUUGGUUUCAAAGGUGCACCACUAUUUGCUGAUGACAGAGCUGCUGAUCCAUUGACUGAUACUCAUUGUCAAAUACGACCAGAUCCAACUGAUCCACAAGAAGACAAUUAUUUUUUAAAAGUAACAGAUUUUUCAAGAUGUGGUAUUCUCAAGCAAAAUGGUUUCGUUCAUUUGAAAAUAUGGUUUCCAGCAUUUCCUGGUGUUGUCAUGAUGGCUGAUCAAGAAUUAAUUUUAAUGUGUAGACCACCAGAGCCAACACUUUUACGACACAAAGCUGCUGGUUUUGCUGGUACAUUUCCACAUGGUGCACGUGUAUCUGGUGUUGUUGAAGAAACACCAGGAAGAUUAGAAUAUGAAGUUGCAUUGUAUCGUGAAGCAGCUGGUAAUAUAUCAGAUAAUUCAAUAAGACCAGAGGCUGUUGAUCAGGCAGUACCAAUUGGUACUAAAUUACAGUUACGAGCAAGAAUAAAUACUGAAAGUGCGUGGGGAUUUAUUAAAUUAUUAGAAGUCACAGUUAGUCCUGAUCCAGAUCAACCACAUGCACCAGGUAGUGUUACUUUGGUCAAGGAUGGCUGCAGAAAUCGUGACUUUGCAUCAAUAAUACCACAUCAACCUGCAAGAUACAAGGAUAGAAAAAAUGAGGUUUAUCUUGAUUUUGAGGCAUUUUUAUUGAGCUCCAUGAGAGAAAGAUCAACUUUAUGGAUUCAUUCACAAAUAAAAGCUUGUAUGGAACCUUUUGAUUGUCAGCCAGAUUUUUGUCUAGAUUUAUUUGAACCAUCAGGUCAUGGAAAAAGAAAAAGACGUACGAUUGGUAUUGUCGAAGAAGAAAUAAAUGAAAGCAAUAAUAAUAAUAAUUUACCAAAAUCUGAACAUUUAAUUAAGCAAUACAAUGAUUCAACACAAUUUACAAAAAUUAAAGAAAAUAUCGAGUACACUGUUAUGAUGCCAAGUGAUGUAUACGACAAAUUUGCAGUUGGAUUUGAUAAUAAUUGUAGUAAUUUCUUGUACAUUUCCAUUGGUCUAGGUUUAUUAUUAAUAUUUUCAACUUUUGUCAUGUGUUAUCUUGCAUCUCGCCUUCAUAAUAUUGCAUUGCUAACAAGCGUACCCCAAAAUAAAUCAAUAGAUGAAUUAGUCAGAGAUAGAGCUAGAAAAUAUUGUGAUCCAACAUCACAGGGUUAUACUGGUAGAUCCACAGUUCAAUAAAAAAAAUUAAUUCAUCACUUUUUUUAAAUAUAAUUUAAACGAAAUAAUAGUAGUAUUAUUUUUGCAUCGCUAUUACGUUACCUGAACAAAAUAAAAUGAGUAAAUAAUGAAAUAAAUGCAACAACAAUUUACUCAUUUUAUUUUUGUUUAAGUUUAUCAUAUAGAUAUAUAUUAUUUAUUUUUUGAUGGAAAUAAUUUGAAAAAUAGAAAGAAAUUGGGGGUAAAGGAUGGGAUGUCGGGUGAGGGAUGGUUUUAGGUAAUUCGAUAUUUAUGACAAACUCACAAUGUAAAUAAUUAUGGAAACACAAUAAUUAAUAA